GGAUAGACUUGAUAGUAGAACGAGGUCCAAUAAGAGAUGUGGAUGUUGAUUUUGAGUACCCUCUUGAUGGUUCUUAUAGACAUUUCUCCAAUGUACAUUAUGUCCGACAAUUACCAAAUGGGGAAAAACAUGAGAGAAAGUGGUUGGUUUAUUCAAAGACAGUGGAUAAAAUAUUUUGUUUUUGCUGCAAAUUGUUCAAACAAGAGGGAAACAAGACUCAUUUAGCAACUGAUGGUCUUAAAGAUUGGAAAAAUCUUACAAGAAGGAUAAAGAGUCACGAAGGGAGCAGCGAACAUAUUAUUUGUAUGAGCAAGUGGAUCGAAUUGGAGGUGAGAUUGAAAAAGAAUGAAACGAUUGAUAAAAGUUUGCAAGAACAAAUCAGCAGAGAGAAAGAUUAUUGGCGACAAGUAUUGAUAAGGAUAAUUGCCCUUGUGCGAACUCUUGCUCAACAGAACUUGGCAUUUCGAGGGGACAAUGAAAUUCUCCAUGAAGAUGGAAAUGGAAAUUUUUUGAAAUUCAUUGAAAUGAUUGCUAUAUUUGAUCCUGUUAUGCAAGAGCAUGUACGAAGAGUUCAAACACGUGAGAUUCAUUAUCAUUAUCUCGGUAGCAAGAUUCAAAAUGAAUUGAUUCAUUUAUUGGCAAGUGAAGUUAAGAGUGUCAUUGUGGAAAGAAUAAAAAAGGCGAAAUACUUCUCUGUUAUACUUGAUUGUACGCCAGAUGUAAGCCAUAAAGAGCAAAUGACUCUCGUCAUACGAUGUGUAGAUGUUACUGUAAGCCCAAUAAAAGUUGAAGAGUUCUUCUUGGAGUUUUUAAAGGUGGAUGACACAACAGGACUUGGGCUUUUUAGUGAACUCGAGGAGGUACUCAAAACUCUUGAACUAGACAUCAAUGAUAUUAGAGGUCAAGGUUACGAUAAUGGGUCAAAUAUGAAAGGGAAACACAGAGGUGUACAAAAACGAUUACUUGAUCAAAAUCCAAGAGCUUUUUACAUGCCGUGUGGUUGUCAUAGUCUUAAUCUUGCACUCUGUGAUAUGGCCAAUUGUUGUCUCAAGGGUAAGAACUUUUUUGGGGUUAUCCAACGUAUAUAUUGUUUAUUUUCAGCUUCAACGAAGCGGUGGGAAAUUAUGAAAGCAAAUGUAACCGGUCUUACUCUUAAGCCAUUAUCACAAACACGAUGGGAAAGUCGCAUUGAAAGUGUGAAACCACUACUGCGGCAAACUGAAGAAGUCCGAAAUUCAUUACUUGAGUUGGCGCAUAGCGAUGAGGAUGGUACAAUAACUAGUGAAGCUGAAGGUUUGGUAACAAAUGAAUUUGAAAACUUUGAAUUUUUGAUAAGCUUGGUUGUCUGGUAUGAUUUAUUAUUUUUUGUUAACACCGUGAGUAAGACAUUUCAAAAAGAAGAUAUGCAUAUGGAUGAAGCUUUGGGACAAUUAAAAGGACUCAUCUCUCUUUUGGAAGAAUACAGAGAAACAGGUUACGAGAAAGAUAAAAUUGAAGCUACGACCAUUGCCGAAAAGUUGGGGAUUCAACCCGUAUUUCGGGAAAAACGGUUGAUUAGAAGAAAAAGAAAAUUUGAUGAGAAUCAGAAUGAACACGUACCCCAAUCAUCAGAAGAAACCUUCAGAAUUGAAUUUUUCAUGUAUGUCAUUGACCAAGCUCUUUCCUCAUUAAGAGAAAGAUUUGAAGAAUUUCGAAACUUUGAAAAACGUUUUGGGUUUUUGUUAGAUCUAAAAAAGUGGAAAUUGGUUGAUGUGAAGGUUUGAAAGCUUCUUGUGUUAAGUUAGAAUUAAUUUUAAAACAAGAUGCAGAAGCAGAUAUUGAUGGGGAAGAUCUUUUUUCCGAACUAAGAGUAUUGAGAGAAAUUUUGCCGAAAGAAAUAGAAACGGCAAUUGAAGUAUUGAAUUACUUGAAAGCGAUGGAUGGUAGUUUUCCGAAUGCAUGGGUUUCUUACAGAAUACUACUGACUAUACCAGUUACAGUAGCCUCUGCGGAAAGAAGUUUCUCAAAGUUUAAAUUGAUUAAGUCUUACCUCCGAUCAACAAUGAGUCAAGAAAGAUUAAAUGGGUUGGCUAUGUUAUCUAUUGAAAAAGAUUUGGCAGAAAAAAUUGAUUUCACAAGUUUAAUUAGUACUUUUGCAGCUCAGAAAGCAAGAAGAGUGAUUUUUCAAUGAUCAUUAGUGUACUUAUAGAUUGAUAGUUUAAGUUGUCGGAGCUAUAUAUUAUUUGAAUAUGAAAUAUUUGUCUUAUGUUUUUUAUGCUUAUUGUUUUAUUCUAUGUCCAUUAGUCUCUUAAAAACAGGUAGUGAAUUUAUUUUUAUGCCAUCGUUGAUAAAAUGCAUUAUAUCGACGAGU